AUGUUUUUUAAAAAGGCAUAUUUCCACUUAAAACAAGAUGACAUCAUCCUGUUUAAAGACUGGCAGUUGUCACCUGGAAAAGUGACCUUCUUGUCCUGUCUGGCGCUGGUUAUUGUUGCAGUUUUGUACCAGGCUCUCAAGACUGUAAGACAUCGUCUUGGAAGACGUUGUUGUAACAUACAGUGCAAACGUUAUAUUCUGAACCGAAAUCACCUAAUCCAGACUGUGCUGUAUCUGUGUCAGUUUAUUGCCGGCUACUUCAUCAUGCUGGCCGUCAUGACCUACAACGUGUGGGUUCUCAUCGCCACCCUCGCAGGCCUCAGUCUCGGAUACUUCUGUUUCGGUUGGAGGGACUACGAAUAUGCCGUGACAUUUCCCACAUAUCCUAGGACACAGCGCACGUUCGCUGCGGACUGCAGCAACAAGAAUGGAGAGCAGGAGCUACUAGCGCUGGGCAGUGAAAACUGUGAGGACACCAGUGAGAGUGUGCAGACGACCAGUAUAGCCUGUUCGUGUGACCAUGUAGUAGGAUAGCAGUGUUUACUGUCCUCUGUUUUCUCGCCGCUCCAUUUAAGCACUUUUGCUAUUGCACUUUGCCGCCCUCCUUUUACGUUUUACCGCCCUCCUUUAUUUUUCUGCACCCAUUUUUAUUUUACAGCACCCAUCUUCGCUAUUUCCAAAUGCACACUUUUUCCCACAGAAUUUUUUUUUCAUCAGUGUGCACACUGGACAUGAAAGGAAAUAAGCCGCUGUGUGUACGGAAAAGCAACUGGCGAAAAACUUCAGUAGCUAAGUUAUAUUUUAUUUGAGCAAUGAAAACAUUUUUUUUUAUUAUUGAUUUGGCAAUCUCUGGUUGAAAAAAACACAUUUAUUUGGCGCCA